AUGUUCACCAAGAAGAGUCUCUUCGCCGUUGCCAGCUGUCUGGCUCUGGCUGCUGCGGAGACCUCGUCCGUCGAGUAUCCCACUGCGGCUGAGAUUGAGGCUGCUCGAAACUCGGUCCUCCCAUUCUCGCCCGUCUCGAAUGUCAAGGGUGUCGCAUUCGACCGAUUUGUCAACAUCUGGAUUGAGAACACUGAUUUCGACACCACGGCGGCCAAUGCAAACUUUCAAGCUCUGGCCAAAGAAGGAAUUCUCCUGACCAACUACUUUGCCGUCACCCAUCCGUCCGAGCCCAAUUACUGCGCUUCGGCUGCCGGUGAUGAUUUCGGCAUGGACAAUGACGCCUGGCAUCAGAUUCCCGCCAAUGUCUCCACCAUCGCCGAUCUGUUUGACACCAAACGCGUGUCCUGGGGCGAGUAUCAAGAAGACAUGCCCUACGCAGGCUACCAGGGUUUCCGCUACCCUACUUCAGGACCCAACCGCUACGUGCGCAAGCACAACCCCCUCGUGCUCUUCGACUCGGUCACCAACGACGCCGUACGACCCCGUCAAAUCAAAAACUUCACCACGUUUUACGAGGACGUCCAGCACGAACGUCUCCCCCAACACAUGUUCAUCACCCCGAACAUGACCAACGACGCCCACGACACGAACAUCAAUGUCGCCGGCACCUUUCUCACCCGCUUCAUGACCCCGCUCCUGAAAAACAAAUACUUCACCAAAGACACCCUCAUCCUGAUCACUUUCGACGAAACGUCCACCUACAAGCAAUCCAACCGCGUCUACUCCAUUCUCCUCGGUGGGGCCAUCCCCAAACACCUCCAGGGCACCAAAGACGAUACUUUUUACACCCACUACUCCGUCAUCGCCUCCCUCAGCGCAAACUGGGGUCUCCCGUCGCUGGGACGCUGGGACUGCGGCGCCAACUUGUUCAACCUGGUCGCUGAAAAGACCGGCUACGUCAAUUGGGAAGUGGACAUUAACGCCAUCGACGCAAAUGAUUACUUGAAUCAGACUUCUCCCGGCCCAUUGUCGGAUGGCUCCCACACAGAGUUUAUUUCGCAGUGGCCUGUUCCCACCACGCAGGAGCGCUGCUCUGCGGGCCAUGGGAUUCUGGAUCUCGUCAAGAAGACGUACAAGGGUAUGCAGCCCACGUAUAACUACACUAGUCCGGUUCCGUAUAGUGUUCCGGCAGGAAUCAAUGUGGGUGUGAAGUAUACCCGGAUGCAGAAGCACGGUCACAAGGAGAGUGGUAUUACAAAUUAG